AUGCAUUCAAUUGGCGCACAAAAGAUAGCAAUGCCUUCACUCGUGUCUAAAGAACUUUGGGAUAAAUCAGGUCGUUGGAGUGAUUCGGCCGAAGAGCUCUUCAGAUUGAAAGACAGACAAAAGACUGACUUUUGUUUAGCGCCCACUCACGAAGAAGUUGUCACUAAUUUAAUAGCAACGGCCAAACACUUGACUGAAAUUCAUUUACCGAUAUAUUUAUAUCAAAUCACAUCUAAAUUUAGGGAUGAAAUGAAAGCCAAACACGGAUUGUUGAGAGGAAGAGAGUUCGUUAUGAAAGAUUUAUAUACAUUUGAUGCAAACGAAAGUCAAGCGAUUAAAACAUACGAAAAAGUUUGCAAUUCAUACGAAAAUAUUUUCAAACGAUUAGAUUUACCGGUUAUUAAAGCUCGUGCAUCUGUUGGAAGUAUUGGUGGAAAAUAUUCCGAUGAGUUUGUAUUGCCGUCUGAUUUAGGCGAAGAUGAGAUCUAUAAAUGCAAUGCAUGUCAGACAGCGUUCAAUACAGAGCUGGUCCUCAAUGGAUCAGAUGCGGAGUGCAUCUCAUGUAAAAGCAAUGAUUUAACAAAAAUGAAUGCCAUAGAAGUCGGACACGCAUUCCUCCUCGGGAACAGAUAUUCGGCCAAAUUUGACGCUAAAUACUCGUCAAAUGACACGAACGCCAAAAACAUUUAUGAGAUGGGAUGCUAUGGUUUAGGUGUGAGCCGUAUAUUAGCCGCUGCUGUGGAAGUGUUGUCACAAAACCACACUAUAUGUUGGCCCAAAGCGUUGGCACCUUUCAAACUAUGUGUUGUUUUGCCUAAACGUGGCAGCAAAGAAGACACUGGAAAUGGGACUGUAUUUGGACAGCAAUUCGCUAAUUGUUUGUCAAAUGUGUUAAACGAAGAUAUUCUCAUUGAUGACAGAACUACUCAGACAAUCGGUAGACGUCUGACAGGUCUGCAAACGUUAGGCAUUCCCUAUACUAUAAUCGCCGGCAAACAAAUCACUGAUGAAAUUCCCAAAUUUGAAAUCAUUGAUAACCAAAGCAAACAAAACUAUUUUAUGACUCAAUUAGAAUGCAUUCAAUUCUUAGAGAAUUUAUUAUAACUUAUGAUACUUUGUAUUUAUAAUAAUUAAGUUUACC